AUGGGGGCCCAACUAUCCUUAAUUGCACAAACUGCUCCAUCUAUUGCCAUAUUUUCAUAUAUCGACGUGCUAGAUGACGUCCAUUACGUCUCUCAAUUGAACUCAUCCCGAUUCUUAAAGACAUGUAAGGCACUGGACCCUAAUGGAGAGAUCGUCAUCAAAGUGUUCAUUAAACCAAAUGAGGAGUACCAGGUUACACCUACAAUGUCUCACAUCAAGGCCGAAUCACUGCUUCUGAGCACCCUCCCCAACGUCUUGAAUUAUAGUAAAGUCAUUGAAUCCAAUAGGGCUGGCUACUUGAUAAGGCAACAUUUGCAAUACAAUUUAUAUGAUAGAUUGAGUUCAAGACCCUAUUUGCAAGAUAUUGAAUUGAAAUUUAUAACUUUCCAAAUAUUGAAGGCCGUACAGGAAUUUCAUGACUUGGGUGUUACUCAUGGUGAUUUGAAAUUGGAAAAUAUACUAGUGACAAGUUGGAAUUGGAUAUUAAUUUGUGAUUUCGCUGAAAGUUUGAAACCAACUUAUUUGCCAGAGGAUAACCCUGGGGAAUUUUCCUUUUAUUUCGAUACUUCAAAGAGAAGAUCAUGUUAUUUGGCUCCAGAAAGAUUCAAUAAUGAAAAAGUUAACAGGGAAACCUACGAGAAGAUCACGACUUUGAUGGAUACAUUUAGUGUUGGUUGUUGUAUUGCAGAAUUGUUUAUGGAGGGAAGACCCCUUUUCAAUUUGUCUCAAUUGUUCAAGUACAAAAGUGGAGAGUUAGACAUAGAACACACAGUAUUAGACGAAACAAUCGAUUCUACAGACUUGAAAAAUUUAAUACUGGAUAUGAUUAAAUUGAAUCCAAAGGAAAGAUUAUCCUGCGAUGAAAUUUUAAAGAAAUAUAGAGGCUCCGUAUUCCCUGACUAUUUUUACACUUUCACUUACGAUUAUAUUAGAAGUCUGACCACUCUAAGAACAAAUGUACCCAGUAUGGGUCUUAUUUGUACUCAUGCUACAUUGGCAGAUGAAUUAUCUAUUGUUGAUCAAUCCAUCGAAAAAAUAUACGAUGAUUUUACUACCAUUUGCCAUGCAUUAAAUUACCCAUUGAAUGCUGAGACGAACAAAACCGAUUCACAAUUUGAUGACGAUAAUUUCUUUAAUAAUCAACUUCAAUUAAAUAAUAAAGGAGAUACUAUUAAAUUAGUUCAAUUUUCGGAACGAAGUGGGAUAAAUACCAUCAAGGAAGAAUGCGCAUUACUAUUCAUAUCCUUCAUAUGCCAUUCAUUAAGGAAUAUUAUUUCAAGCACAGUAAAAUUGAAAUGUUUAGAGUUAUUGACUGUAUUUGCUCAAUUUGUUUCAGAUGAAAAUAAAAUUGACAGAAUUAUUCCAUACGUGGUUUCUUGUUUUGAAGAUGCCGAACCAAACGUUCAAGCAUUAGCCAUCCAAAGUCUUUCCCAAAUAUUAUACCCAGUGGAAACUAUAAACCAACUAAAUGAAAAUGUGUUUGUAGAUUAUUUAUUGCCGCGUUUACAGAAACUACUUUCUCAUUCAUCCUCUAACACGUACGUGAAAAUAGUGUUGGGAAACUGUUUGGGGGAUAUUGUCACUACUGCUAAUAAAUUUCAAGAAAUAACAUUCCUAAUGCAUUCGAAAGAUCCUCUGUCAUCCAUUGUCCAAGACUUCGAAGCUUUGGAAAUUACAAAUAGGUAUACCAGAAAACUAAUACAAUUUAUUGAAGAUAUACUUGUAACGUUGUUGACAGAUAAUGACUCGAUGGUCAAAGUAGCAAUAUUAGGCAACAUUUUACCCCUUUGUAGAUUUUUUGGAAGAGAAAGGACAAAUGAUAUCAUCUUAAGUCAUCUUAUCACAUAUCUUAAUGAUCGUGAUCCAGCAUUAAGAUUAGCAUUGAUCCAAAAUAUUUCAGGAAUUUCUAUUUUACUAGGCCCUAUCACGUUUGAACAAUACAUUUUACCAUUAUUGGUGCAAACUCUAAUAGAUUCAGAAGAAUUAGUCGUAGUGGCUGUUUUACAAACGCUAAAAGAUUUAACCAAAACAGGACUGAUCAUCAACAGGUAUUUCUAUGAUAUUACCACAAAAGUAGCCCCACUAAUGUUGCAUCCAAAUUAUUGGAUAAGGCAACUUUCCUUAAUGGUCAUUGUGGAGUCUGCAAGUAAAUUAAAUACCGCAGAAAUUUAUUGCAUACUGUAUCCAUUAAUACGGACAUUUUUCGAAUUUGAUGUUGAAUUUGAUUUUGAACUGAUGUUAGCUAGUUGUAAGCAACCAAUUUCUAGAACAGCUUACAAUCUGCUGUGCAGUUGGUCAUUAAGAGCUUCCAAAUCACUAUUUUGGCACCAGACCCCUGUAACAAAUGACAACUUGGAUGCAUUUGGGAACAAGAAUGUAAAUUUUAUUACAAAGAAUUUCAUUACAAAAAAUUAUGGGUUCAACAACAAAAAUAUGAAGGUGGCACAAACGUUAAAGGUAAGUACUAUAGAUAAUACCGAGAUCCCUCUAACCACUGAAGAUAAAAGCUGGAUUGAUAAAUUUAAGACAAUUGGAUUAUCUGAGAAUGACUUAUGGAAGAUAGCCUCAUUAAGGGAUUAUGUAUUAAGGACCUCAAAACUACUCACAAGAAAAUCAGAACUUUUAUUAGAUAGAGAGAAUAGUCUGAUAUCCUUAAACUCGUUACCCACAGAUCUUAUGCCCAGAAACGUUUUUUUUGAUAUUGAAUUCAGCAACGACAGAAAUAAGUCCUUUAUCCCCACACCUCUUGAAGCAGCCCAUACGGAUUCAGUAAUAGACUCUUCUUCACUCACUAAUGGAAAUGAAAAUAAGAGACCAGUCCGAAUGGAAAUAUCAUCUGCAAGCUCAAAAAAUAGUCUUCCUGCUAUAAUAGAUGCACAUGGAUCGUUAAUGUUUAAGGCCAAAUCUAAUGCCACAACUACUUCAAAUUUGAAAAAUAUAUAUGUUCGUUUAGAACCUAGUUCAGCUCACAAAGAUUUGUUAAACCAUAUGGAUGACGAGAUGAAUAGCUCGAAUUUUACCAUCAAAGAUAGUUAUGAAGGGGAUGCACCGACGAUAAAGACGUUUUUGAAAAAUGUCAAAAUUCUUCCAAAUUUAAGAGAGUAUAAGGAAUUUGGUCCGAUUAACGAGUUUGAAAUGGAUAAUGACUUUUUCCAUAAAAUAAAAGGCAACCUUGUCCUAAAUUUAUUGGAGAACGAACCUAAUGGAAUUGCUUCGUUAGUUACACUAAACUCUAAUCGACCAUAUAUUAUCAGUGGAUCAGUUCAAGGGAUGGUGAAAUUAUGGGAUGUCCAGGGCUUGGUUUCUGGAGAAAUGUACUCAUCCUCUCUUACAUUUGAUUGUAAUUCAGGUAUUACUGAUUUGAUACGAAUCCCAGGUUACGAAACUAUAAUUGUCUCAACAAAAGAGGGGAAUAUUACCUUAUUGAGGGCUAUAUACAAUCAGCAGGGACAGUUCAAAAAGUUCACGAAAUUUCAUUGUAUAAGAAAGACAAAAAUUAAAACUGACAGAGAACCUUGUGACGAUGAGUUUGGUAUUAGGUUGAAAACAUUAGUAACUGAAGAUAAAUCACAGCUGUAUGUCUUAACAAGCUUAUCAAGAAUCAUUCUGUUUGAUCUUCGAACUAUGGAAAGAAUUGGUCAAAUCGAAAAUCCUCCACAGUAUGGCGCAAUUUUAACUUUUGCACUUUCGAUUGAUGGGAACACUCUUAUAAUUGGAACCAGUAAAGGUAUUAUAAACGUUUGGGAUAUAAGAUUUAUAACACUGAUUAACAGUUGGUCCUUUGGGGAUAAUAUCGCGAUUAGUCAGAUUGAAUCCAGUCCCGAAUUAGGUAAAGAUAAAAUCGUAGUUAUUGGCGGCAUGUCGAAUACAAUACUGACUGUGUGGAAUUUUGAGAAGCCUCAAUGCCAAAAAGCAUUUAUAGAGAAAGAUCAACAACCACCAUUACAUCUUUUCCAGCCGAAGAGCAAUAAUCUGGACAAUCUACCAUUUCAGAAGGAUAAAAUUGAGAUGGAAAUAAAUUCAAUUUUAAUUAUUGGAUCCCUGGCUAUUAUAUCGAAGGGAAUUAAUAAUGAUAUUGUAUUUCUUGAUCUUAAGAAGCCAUCAUCUUCAAGAAUAUUAUCGCAUUCCAAUGCUCCAGGAUCCAGUUUCACCCCAGUUCAUGUUACAACAUCCUUGGAAUUAGUACUGAGGAAACAAUUGGAACAGAAGAAAAAGAAGAAACCUUUAUUCUCUGGAACAUCUCAUCAAGAUCGGAUUAACUCCAUUAUCUAUACUAGGCUUGGGAAGAAAUAUCUUCUUUUCUUUGGUGACAAUUCUGGAGUAAUAAGUGUCAUCAAUUAA